GUCGUUUAAAUGACACUGCACGAUGACGCGUUCGAAGAUCCAGAAGAUGAAGUUUUUCGUAUUCCUACUGAUCUUUCUGCUGGCGCAGACGGCGAUUUGCGACGGGAGCGAUGGAAACAAGACGCAGGACAAUAUAACCUCAAAGUCGUCGCAGGACGUCAACGCGAAUAGAACGCACAUCGUGGACAAAGAGCAGACCAGUGAGGAACAUGCGACCUUCAAUGCUGGUGCUCUUGUACGCGGUUUCUUAGUCUUUGUGGGACUAAGCAUCCUUGUCAUGGCCUACAUCGUGUUCCGUAGCUUUAGGUUAAGUAAGACGCGAGCCCAGCUGGUUCGAAAGUACGGUGUCCUCACACACAGGCAGGAUGUCGAGAUGCGACCGUUGCCAUUGGAGGAAGAAGAUGACGAAGACACAACUGUUUUCGAUGCGAGCAACGUCGUGACCAACAUUCAGCAUCAAAACGCGUAAAAGUUUUCGCGCAGGGAAAUACACCGUUGUGCUAUUAUAUAUAUCAUCCGUGUAAUGCUGCUCUUACCAUCAUACCACGAUCUUAAUAAUAUCAGACUAAUUCUAUCGUGAUCUGUUGAGGUAAGUACACGAGAGAAGGACUAUCAGAGUUCGGGGACAGAUUUAAGACAUUUUUCAGCAUUUUGAAUAAAGUAAUUUGCUUUGUGCAGCGAGAUUAUUAUCAAAUAUGCAUCUAUGAUGCACUUAUCAUUGACAUAUUAUGCUUGUCAGCAAUAGAUGUACUUUUCCUAAUAAGAAAGAAAAAAUCCAAGAUGUUUCUACCAAUAUUCUCCAUCCUAUUAUAAUAUUGCUAUGUGAUAAUGUAAAAUUUUAGACAUGUAUCAUCUGCGAGCUAACGAAAAAGUUAAUGGGUGGCUAUAUCUCUACUCUUAUACACAGAUUAUAUUUUAAUUAAUCUACGUUGUUAUAUAAUUAAAAUUAUACAAAUACA